CAUCUUUUUGUUACGUUUUGGGUUUGUUUUUUCCUUGUUGAGUGAUUCUUGCUUUUACUUAUUAAACAAUCAGCCAGGGGCAAGGGAUUCUUUUUGUCCCAGUCUCCUGCAGGAUAGGAAGGGGACGCAGGUACCCUGCCCCAUUUCCCAUUGAUGUUAUCCCUGUCUUUCCUAUUGGUUCCCUCUCUGCAGCCAGAUCCAGCUUGUGGCUUUGCUUUUUGCAGCCAAGAGAGGAGCAUCUCUUCCCUGCAAGUGCUGAUUCCUGUGGGAGGCCAUGGCUGAGCAGGUGAAUAUGGCCUUGGCAGGGAAGCCUUUAGAUGUGACACUCACCACCUCCAGAGCUGACCAAUGGAAUAUGGUUUUUCCCCAGAGAGACGAAAUCAUCACCAGCCUAGUGUCUGCCUUAGACUCCAUGUGCUCGGCGCUGUCCAAGCUGAACGCGGAGGUGGCCUGCAUCGCCGUGCACGAGGAGAGCGCCUUCGUGCUGGGCACGGAGAAGGGAAGGGUCUUCCUCAGCGCCCGCAAGGAGCUGCAGGCUGACUUCCAGAAGUUUUGCAGAAUCCAGCAGAGGAAGGAGCAGGACGCAGAGGUGCAGAAGAAGGCAAAGGAGUGCGGGCAAAGGGUGCUCAGGGUCUCCCCGGACCAGGGAUCAGAUGUGUACCUCCUCAGGAAGAUGGUAGAGGAAGUGUUUGAUGUGCUUUAUAGUGAAGCCAUGGGGAAGAGCAGCGUGGUCCCUUUGCCCUACGAGAGGUUCCUGAAAGAGCCAGGCUCGCUGGCAGUGACUGGCUUGCCUGAGGGAAUCAGCUUUAAGAAACCCCUGGAGUAUGAUGUGAAAUCCCUGAUGGCCAUCCUAGAGCACAGCCACAGCAUCCGCUUCAGGCUAAAAAGGCCAGCAGAUGAGCCCAGCCGAGAGCCCAACCCCAACAUCGAGUUAACUUGUUCCUCCCUCGCCUCCAAGGGCAGCCGAGACUCUGGUGCCAACGGCCCCGUGGCCAAGCCCGGCGCCCAGGACGCGCCCCCCGCCAUUGCCCUCACCAACUUCCUCUACGGCGUCUCGCUGCCCGGCCCCGGCGCCAUCGACCUCAAGCAGGAGGCCUCCUCGGCGCUGCCCGGGCCCACGGCGGCGGGCGAGGCGCUGCUGGCCCGGCCGGCGGGAGAGCUGAAGGUGCCUUCCUCACAGGAGUACAGCGACUGCUGUGGACAGAAAUCAUCAGUCUCCGGAGGUCCCCUGAUCCAGAAUGUGCACUCAUCGAAGCGCAUCCUCUUCUCCAUCGUCCAUGACAAGACAGAUAAGUGGGACAGUUUUAUAAAAGAAACUGAAGACAUCAACACCCUUAGGGAGUGCGUGCAAAUUCUUUUUAACAGCAGAUAUGCUGAAGCCUUGGGGUUAGACCACAUGGUCCCUGUCCCAUACAGGAAGAUUGCCUGUGACCCCGAGGCAGUGGAGAUCAUUGGCAUCCCAGACAAAAUCCCUUUCAAAAGACCUUGCACCUAUGGGGUCCCCAAGCUCAAACGGAUCCUGGAGGAGAGGCACAACAUCCAUUUUGUCAUCAAAAGGAUGUUUGACGAAAGGAUUUUUACAGGAAGCAAAUUUACCAAAGAUCCAACCAAGCUGGAGCCCUCCAGCCCUCCCCGGGAGAUCUCCCCUGAGCCUCACCGUGGGGCCACGCUGGAACUGGGGGGGACCUCUCAGGCCAACAGCAGGUCUGAGAAGUGUAAUGUUUCUGAAGGCUGUGAACCAGGUACCUCAGGAGAGCUAGGUGGGAUCAGGCAGAUCAAAAUCGAACCAGACGAGCUGAACAUCAUCCAGAUCACCGUACCAGACCGAUCCCCCGGUUCAGUGGAGAUGCAUGACCCAGUGCCCACGCACGUGGCCUCGGAGGAAUCAAGAUACAUCCUGGAAGCAGUAGCAGAGACAGAGAAGGGGUCCAGCGAGGAGUCUCGACACGAAGAAAAGCAGAUGGAGGGAUCAGAUGGUAUAGGGGACAUUUUAAGUCAUUUGAGGAAACAAGUUGAAAUUUUGUUCAACUCGCGAUACGCGAAAGCCAUAGGAAUAUCAGAGCCAGUCAAAGUCCCCUACUCCAAGUUCCUGAUGUACCCUGAGGACCUGUUUGUUGUGGGCUUGCCAGAAGGCAUCCUGCUGCGCCGCCCCAACUGCUUCGGGAUUGCAAAGCUGAAGAAGAUCCUGCAAGCGAGCAACAACAUCCAGUUUGUCAUUAAAAGACCGGAGCUGCUGGCGGAGGGCGUAAAGGAGUCGGUGUCAGACAGCCCAGCAGCCAAAGCCGCCGACGAGAGGGACUCGAGCGAGGCGCUGCUGGAGGACGCUGUGAAGAGACAGGGCUUUCAAGAAAAUUAUGAUGCCAGGCUUUCCAGAAUAGACAUUGCUAAUACGCUGCGGGAACAAGUCCAGGACCUGUUCAAUAAGAAAUAUGGUGAGGCCUUGGGGAUUAAAUACCCUGUGCAAGUGCCAUACAAGCGCAUCAAGAGCAACCCAGGGUCGGUGAUCAUAGAGGGACUGCCUCCUGGGAUCCCUUUCAGGAAGCCCUGCACCUUUGGCUCCCAGAACCUGGAGAGGAUCCUGGCUGUUGCUGAUAAAAUCAAGUUCACUGUGACAAGGCCUUUUCAAGGACUCAUCCCCAAACCUGCCCCUAGACGGAUAACAUCUUUGGAAAAAGCCUAUGCUGCUCUCAAUGAUGAGGAUGAUGCCAACAGGCUUGGAGAGAAGGUGAUUCUGCGAGAGCAAGUGAAAGAGCUUUUCAAUGAAAAAUACGGAGAGGCUCUGGGCUUGAACAGGCCUGUCAUGGUGCCCUAUAAACUCAUCAGGGACAGUCCUGACUCUGUGGAGGUUACGGGGCUGCCGGACGAUAUCCCUUUCAGAAAUCCCAACACCUAUGACAUUCAUCGGCUGGAGAAGAUCCUGAAGGCACGGGAGAGCAUCCGAAUAGUGAUUAUAAACCAGCUCCAGCCAUUUGCUGAAAUCUGCACCGAGGCCAAACAAACAGAGAAAGACAUCAGUGUUCCCAAACGGAAGCGGAAGAGGAUCUCCGAAGGGAACUCGCAAUGGCCCAUGAACAUGUACAUGUUAGACUAUGGUGGUCUAAACGUCCAGAUCCCAGGACCUAUUAACUAUUAGACCUCAAUAUCAAAUAAGAACCUCAAAUGAAAGAAAAAAUAAAUAAAUGUAAUUUAUGUAAAAAGUGUAUAUUCCAAUAUGUAUCAAUGCCUUUUAGUUUUUCCAAUGAUUUUUACACUAUAUUCCUGCCAUCAAGGCCUUUUUAAAUAAAAAUAAAAAGUGUUGCCUUGCUCUUAAAAGUACUUAUUUUAUUACAUAUCGUAUUGAUAAAUAACAUUUAUGGGUAAGAAUAAAGGCAGAAGGGCACCCCUUGGACAGGCCUUGUUGGGCUUUGGCAGCUCAGUAAAUCCUUAGUGUGAUCAGUGCUUGAAGCCAAGAGGUCUGAAAUGUUUUAAUGCUUGAUUUAAUUUAGCUCAAAGGUGUAAAAAUUUAUGUACAGAGCUGCCAGAGGCGUGAUACCAAACUGCAGUGGUAACAGAGGAGGGAGCCAGCCCUCCCAAGCAUCAGUCACCUUCACCCAUGAGUUCUGUUGGCUCUGAAGCUCAAGUGCAUUUGUAUUAAGGGGGAAGGAGGUUUCAGGCCCCCCAAGAAGUGAGAUCCCCCCCAAGCCCUCCUGUGUUGAGUCUCCUGCCAUCCCAGACUUGGAAAAGCACAGAAAUAUUAGAUUGUGUGCAUUUAACUGGCAUUUGAACCAGGAAAAAAUUUCAGCCACUGAAGUCCUUCACGAUUUAUGGUUUUAUGAUUAUCGUUCUACGAUUUUAUGGGAGGCUUUGAUGCCUUUUGGGGAGGAAGCUCCCACAACAGAAUUGUGGAAUUGUUUAAUUUGGGAAAGAUUUGUAAGAUUGAGUCCAACCAUUAGCCCAGCACUGCCAUGUUCACCACUAAACCACAAGCCUAAGAACCACAUACGCAUGUUUCUUGAACAGUGGCAGGAUGAUGGUGAUGCUUGCACCUUCCUGGACAGUUUAUUUCAAUGCCUGACCUCCCUUUUGUCAAAGACAUUUUCCCAAAUACCAAAUCUAAACAUCCCCUGGGAAAACUUGAGGUUAUUUCCUCUUGUUGUAUCACUUGUUACCUGCGAGAAGAGACCACUGCCUGCCUGGCUACAACAUCCUUUCAGGUGCUUGUAAGCAAGAAGGUCCCCCUGAGCCUCCUGUCCUGCAGGCUCAUCACACUGAUGCUCCACAACACUGGACCAUUGCGAGUGGCAAUGCUGAGUGCAUGCAGGGCUGGCCCUAGACUCCUCCAUGUACCCUGGACUACCUUCCCCCAUGUCAUCAACAAAUCAAUAAGUUGAGGGAUAUAAUUUGAAAUUCCUGUUCUUAUAUUUCUAUUCCAUUCCUGGAGUUUGGCAGCAGAAGCAAAUGCUGUUACUUUCCACUGCAUGUGUUUAACUUGUGCUUUGUGCCUGCUGAGAGCCGUGCACGGGUGAGACACGGUGGGAGUGUCAGUGUGAGAAACCAAGAAGAAGAAACAUCCUGGCUUGCGUGCAGGUAAAUGCAGCCCAGCAUGAGCCAGCAGUAAAGCAAGAGCCCUGGGGCUUCUAGCUUUGGAGUCGUUACAAACAGUGAUAUGAGGAUCACUGUGACCAUUGCUGAGUGUCCCUCCAGGACUGCAGGAUGGGUCACCACAGGCUUGUCACAGCAAACCUGCCCGGACAGCAGCAGCUGUGGUCUGCUGGUGGGAAGAUGGUGGCAGACAGAGGGUCAAAAUCACUCCUGACAGUUUUCCUGAGUGGAAUCUGCUGCUUUAUUUGUUUUACAUGUUUUCACUCUGCUUGAGUCUGUCUCUUCAGGCCAUGAGAAGGCUUUGGACAGUGCAGGGAAGUGUUCUUUGAUGCUGGGUAGAACUGUUAUUUGAUGGUGAGUAGUUUCAAGGCAGCUGCAGUUUCCUGGAUCUGGACUUGAAUUUGCUCUGGAGUUAGAUGUAAAUGAUCACAUAAGAUAACAAAAUCCCAAGUAAGUGUAGGAUAUGGCACAAAAGUGAUGAAGUCUGUGUCAAUGACCCCAGUCAGAAAUACGAUUUAACAUCUGAACAGUUGGCAUCAAAAUCUGAGACUUUCUUGUUUCUGCCUGAUGCUCAGACCUGUGGCAUCUCCAAUUAGGAAACAUGAUUCAGAGAUAAAAACUCAUUUUGUCUUCCCAAAUGUCUGAAAGGGGCUUAUUUGCAGGUUAUACCCCACCAAGUAGAUGUCUCAUAAGAGGGCACACUUACUAUAUUUUAUUUUUUUUGUGUUAAGGACAUAAAAGUCAGAUGCCACAACACUGAAGGUGUUAGCAUGGUUUAGUAAUGACAGGGAUGUUUGAGGCUGCUGAUGGAGGCUCUGGCAGGGUGGGGGGCUAGAGUGCUGCACCCACACAAGCCCUGAUGAUGCUGCCAAAAGGCAGAGGUGAAUGCAAGCAGUGCAGUUAAAUUAGGGCAUGGGAACUGUUCUGGGGACUAACGAUUCAGUUCAGAGAGCUGAAUGUAAUCAUAAAGGCUGUAAAUGGAAACUGAGCAAAGAGAUUCUCCCCCUACCAGGAUCCCCAGCUCAGAGCCUGGUGAGCAAGAUGGGGCUGGAGAAGGCUGGCUGUGCCACUAGGGCAUGGGCUGAGUCACAACACUGGGCUCAAGUUUUCAUUCCCAAGUUUCCUGAUCCAUGAUAUGGAGCCCCUGAGCCCCACUCACUCAAGGGCAGCUUGUGCCCUGCUCCAUCUGCUUAGCUGGGAAGCUCUGCAUCCACCUGGCACCUCCAGUGCCCCCCAGCUGGAUCUUGACACUGCUGGGUUCUGGUAACAGAUGCAUUUUGAGCAGUGAAUAGCAGUAAUUCCUGCUGUGAUUUUGAGGAGUUGCAGGGCCAUAACAUCCACUUUCCAUUUUCUGUGGCUGGGGUGGGAAACUCCUGCCCUGGUGCCUGUGCUUGCUUGCUGUUGGAAAUGAUAGACCUUUCCUAUUAACUUAAUUAGUUGUUUUAACUAACUCCAAGCAGUGCCCACUUUUAGCCAGCACUAAUUAAGUUUCUUUACAGGUUCUUAUUGUUACUUUGAUCAUUAAAUCACUGAAACGUUAAGUUUGCUAAAACUAAUCCUGACAAGCUUCAAUAAACAAAGCCAAAGGGAGUUGAAGAUUGGACACAUGGGAUCUUAAAUUUACAGCCCUUCUCGGACGUUGGAGUGACCAGAGGAUACAGAAGAGAUUAAGGCCUGGAAAGUUGGACACUCCCUAUCUUAGAUGAUAAGAGGACUAAAGAAUGUGGAUCAAAUUAGCAUGAAUAGUAAGAAAUCAAUAACCAAUAAAGGAUAGAAUGCUAAUUAAAAAGAAUUAUGUAACUUAGAACCUAUGAACAUUAAUUUCUUUGUUUGCUAAAAAUGUAAAAAAAUAAGUGAAAAGGACUCGUAUCAGCAUCUGUGUGGAGGCCAGAACUUUGUCAGCCACACACACCCCUCUGGGCCAAGAAUAAAGUAAUGCCUUACUCCCCUAACACUGAAGAGACAGUGUUAGAGAGCCUUAUUUAUCCUGAUGAUUUUGACAACAAUUUACUUCGACCCCAGAUGGGACAAUGCUUUCGAUGCUCCAUGGAUUUACGGGAUGGAGGACUCUGGUGUGCAUCAAAGGCUUUUUUCAGGGAAAUUCCUUUGAUCCUAUAAUCCAAUGAAUUCAAGGCAAAACCUCUGGGUUUUAUUAAGGCAUUAUUGAGGGUAUAAAAUUAUAUCUAACCAUAAGCUGCAGCAGAGGAUCCCUCCAGAAAUGAAGCUCUAUAAUACAAUAGGGUUAUAAAAGUAAUGAUAUAAUUUGUUAUUUUCUAUUAAAAAUUACUGUCAAACUGUGUAAGUGAGUAUAAAAAGGUUUCAAGUCCCCAGAUAAUUAGAAAAGUGUAAUUUUAAGGGAGAACAAGUCCCCAGCUCAUUGGAAAACUGUAAGUGGUUAACAGAAGCAAUGCAGGGCUCAGAGGUUUUUGUAACUGUGCUGGCAUAUGUAAGAUCAUGCACUAGCUAACAGGAAUGCCCAUAGCACAAUUUCAGUCUUGGGAAAGGUUGUAAAAAGUUACUAAAAGGUUGUAAAAGGUUAUUUUAAAAAAAUUGUAAGAGCUUUUAAAAAUAUUUUAAAGGUGUAGAAAGGUUUUUUUUUUGUAAGGUGGUAAAUGUGGUAUGGGACUAUCUUCAUAGCUCCUGGGAGAAGAGAUUUCCCAAAUCUCCCCUUGAGUUGUGUUUUAAGGAACUGGAAAAGGUGUGGGGUGGAGGGUGUGUAUGUGAUCCCCUGACAUGAAAACAACUUGUUGAAUAUUAUUAUCCUUAGUGGCUGAUGUAUGAGCUAAACGAUCACAAAAAGUGGCGUGUUAAUGGGACUGACCAUUUGCAACUAAUGCUGUUUUGUAGAAGGAGUGGAAUGGAGCUGUAUGUUGAUUUAUUUUUUUGAUUUGCAGAAUAAUCCUGAGUUGCAGAAGAAAUAUAUGCAUGGUGUUAAAAGAAUAAAAAACACUCAGAAGGGGCUGAGAGGGGGUGACAGACUUUUUUCCAGCUGCAGGUGUGCAGCAAAUCAGGCUAUGAAAAGAGAGUGUCCACAAAGGUGAAAGGAAUGAGGAGGUAUAUUUACAAUAAAAUGUGGGCCUGUUGGUAGAUAAGGUAGAUAGGAUAUGGAGAGGUGAAAGAAGCAAUGGGGAGAACCAUAAAUUCCACAGGAAUUUUCCUAAUUGACGCAGACUGUUACUCAAUACUGUGCUACAUCUUUGCAUUUAGAGAAAAAGAACAGGGACACAAGGAAAAAGAAAAACAGGAGGGGUAUUCAUUAGAAGGGGGUAUUAGGCAUUUCAGGAACUCUGUACCUCUCAAGUACCUCAGCCAAUGAGGAAAGAGAGAAGGAAAUGCAGCCACGAAAUUAGGAGAAAAAUGAGACUGCAUCCUCUAAAUUAUUGAGAUAUCCCAUGGGGAAUGCCCCUUUACCUCUCUCUUUAUUCUAAUAAAGUUACAGGACUCCUCUGUCUCCUUUUUGGACAUAAACCUCUGGUGUUUGUGGAUUAAUUUUCCUGACAAAGGCGACAGAGGAGUCCUGCAAUUUUAUUCAAAUAAAGGGAGAGAGGCCACUUGGGUGCACACACCUGCGGAGUUUUCUCUCUUGAGGUCUUGCAGGACACAGCCUCCUUUUAUCCUAAACUCCCUGCCUCAUCUUGCCCUCUUGCUUUCCCCAUUGGCUGAGGUACUAGGAAGGUACAGCCUUCCCAAACUGCCUCCCCCAAAUCCCCCUUGGACCUGUCAUUUUACCCCAAAGUUCAGAAACUCAAGCUUGUGCAGACCCAUUUGUCUGUUUCAGGAUUCAAGCUGGCUGGGCUAUUUAGGUAAUCAGCUGGCCGAUGGAGAUGUUCAAAAAGCAGCACUUUUGCCAGAGGUCUCUGGGAUCCUCCUUUUGCUCCCCAGCCAUUACUGGGGGGGAUGGGGGAGGGGGAAGUGGUGCUGUGUUUUGCACCAGAGGUGUUGGAGAUAAUGAAAACUGGUGGAGUGGAAGAAAGAGGGGAGAAUUUAUAUAAAGGACAGUAAACAGUGGAUGCCAGGAGCUUUGACCCUGCAAAUAUUAAAACAACUCCACCAAGGGAGUCAUUUGGCCUCUUGAAUAUUGGCAGAGACCUUCCCCAAGAUGUACUGCCUUGGGUCUUCUUGUUUUAGCAAAACGAGCUAUCGAGGGCUGCCUGGCUAAAGCUGAUGGCCAGACUACAAAGGAGAGUGCAAGGCAGGGGAGUGACCUUGGGUAUGUGUCCAAGGAUGCCGGCUGUAUUUUGCUGAGAUGCCCUGGACAAAAGGGCUUAGAUAUCUUCUGGUAGUGGUAUGCCAGCUGGCAGGGUGACCAGAGGUGUUUCUGGUCACAUCAGCAACUACUGCAUCAGUUUUUAAAGUAUUUUUUGGAACAAAUAAUUCCAGGGUAUGAGAUUGUGGAGGCAGUGGACUGAGCUGGAGGAACUCAUUUUACAGGGGAAUCCUUCAAGGGAUUAUGGCUGCUUUGAGACUGCACUGGGACCUCCAUAGCCCCUGGCACCCUGAGAAUUCAGGUCAAGUAGAAAGGAUGAAUAGACAAAUAAAGAAACACCUUUGAAGCUGGUGACAGAAACUAAGAUGCCAUGGGUGUGGCUUUUGCCAUGUGCUGUGGCAAAAAUGAGAGCCAAACCCUGAGGAAAUCAUUCCCAUUUGAAUCAAUUUUCAAUGUGGCGUGGAGAGGGAAGAUGUGUACCAGUACAUGUCCAGGAUACUGUGUCUCUUGAAAUCUCUUUGACAGGAAACCCAGUUAGCACAGAUGCUGCCUUUGGACUUUGCUGUUCAUAGCAUCCAACCAGGACCACAGGAACAGCAGUCAGGAGAGCUGAACAUGGGCCCUCCAUAUUUGAGUCAAGGUCUCUAAACCCCCAGAGAUCUAGACUUCUCAGCAGGAGGAAAAGGAUGAGAGUCCUCAGCUAUCAGUAUCCAUGGAUCAUCUACAAGGACUUCGUGUGAUUAGUGGGCUAAUGGAACUGUUAAUGUCUUCUUCAUUCACUGUAUUUACUGUAUUCUGUUUCUCUGUAUUUACUUGCCACACUUCAUGCAGGGGCCAGAUUCAGAAAAGCUGGGAGGGGGUGUUUGAAAUGUUAAUCUUUAUACCAUGCCAGGUUGUUAAAAAAGUUGAAGUUAAUAAUGAGGAGGGUUUGUAAAGACAAAUUGAGAAAUACUAAGAGGAGGAAUUGAUAGGGAAGAUUGUGUGCUAAUGUCUUUACAAACAAUUCUGUGGGUGAAGGUAAGGGUGUUCAUGGCUUUGAAAUGGGUCUUCAUGUCUCUACUGACUUCAAGCAGCAGGAUUGAUGCAGAGCCCAGACAGCCUGAUUCCUGAAACAGACAAGUGGGUCUGCACAUGCUUGAGUUUCUGGAUUUUCGGGUAAAAUGACAGGUCCAAGGGGGGAAUACGUGGUAGGGAGUUUGGGAAGGCUGUACCUUCCUAGUGUCUUGGCCAAUGGGGAAAGGAAGAAGGCAACAUGCAGCCAGGAGUUUAGGAUAAAAGGAGGGUGCACCCCAGAAACCCGAGAGAAAUCCUUGUGGGUCUGUGCCCUGGUGGCCUCUCUCCCUUUAUUCCAAUAAAGUUGCAGGACUCCUGUGUCUCCUUUAUGAACACUGGGUUUUAAAAGUGAUUUUCCAUACAAUUGGGAACUCUUCAUGGAUGAGAACAGUUUUGUGAAAAAUGAAAUCCGAAAAGCAGGGAAUGUGGUGGUAGCUCAGCCCAAGGUAAUAGAGGACAAAGCUCUGAACCCCAGCAUGUCAGCUCAGAAAGCAGAACUGAUUGCAUUUGACAAGAGCAUUAUGUCUCUCACAGGAUAAGACUGUAAUUUUAUGGACUGACUCAAAAUUUGCUUUUGGAGAGGUCUACAUGAACUCACAUGGAAAGAGAGGGAGCUAUGAACUGCUCAGGGAUCUCCUGUGAAAUAUAGAAAAAUAAUGCAGAGGUUGUUAGAAGUGGGGUCAGCUACCUCAAAAGGUGGCAGUAAUGCAUUGCAAAGCUCAUCAAUUCAGAGAGACCCCAGUAAAUAUUGGAAAUGGCCUGUCUGACAAAUCAACCAAGGAGGCUGCCAGUGGGGACAUCCUGUGGUUCUCACCUAAGAAGUACCAUGAUUUGGACGAGGAGGCUGCUGAUUAUCAGACUAAAGAUGAGAAAUUGGCAAAAUUGUUAGAUGGUGAAUUACACCCAGCAAACACAUAAUAAUUCCCCAACACCUUACGAAGAAAAUAGCAGAGACACAACAGAAGGUUGCUCACUGGGGAAUAGAGUCUAUGGUAGAAGUAUUGAACCCUCAAGUUUCGAGCAUAUGAAUGACUGGUAUUAUAAAAGCAUUGUUUAAAAGUGUCAAACCUGUUUAAAGAAGAAGGCACAUUCGAUUUGGCAUCCUGCACUUGGGACAGUGUCUAGAAAGGAAAUUGACCAGGAGACUAUUGGCAAAUAGACUUUACAGAGCUUUCUUUACAAAAUGGGUACCAGUAGAUACUUUUUCAGGACGGCAAGAAGCUUUUCAUUGUUGCACCAACAAACCUGGCAAGGUGGUAAAGACUUUGUUCAAAGAAAUUAUCCUGAGGUCUGGACUACCAGUGGGAAUGUCAUCAGACAGAGGUUCACUUCAUUGCUGAAAUAGAGCAAAGGCCAAAUAAAACAGUAGGGGUGAAGUGAGACUUGCACACUCUAUUGGAGACCUAAGUGGAGCAGGAAAGUUGAAAGAAUGAAUCAAAGCUUAACAGUAACACUGUGACCCAGAAAGGCUGACCUACUUUGAAAAAAAAGACAGAUUGUGCUUUAUUACUGGUUUCGCUCACCUUUAAUUCUCACAGCUUCCCUAAUCUUGAUCCUGCAGUGGUAGAGUAUUUCUACACAUAAGUUUUGUGUAUGAUGUCAUUAUGGGAAUUGCUGAAUGGGAGCCACUCCAUUAUGAGAGGAAUGAGGGACUUGUCUUUAGAAGCAAACUGUGGGUCUGCUGGUAAAUAAAGCUAGAGACUGAGAGAUAAAAGAAACAAUG